AUGUUCACCUUCUGCAUCCAAAAGGACACGAUCAAGGUCGAGCCGCGCGACUUUGACAAGGAGCCUGCAGAGGCGAUCAGGGAGGAGAUCCACAGGCGGUACGCGAACAGGGUCAUCCCGAACGUCGGCUUGUGCAUCUCCCUCCUCGACAUCCUCUCCUCCACAGAAGGCGCAGUCCUGUACGGCGACGGCUGCUUCUACUACAAGUGCGAAUUCCGAUUGAUCAUCUUCCGACCAUAUAUCGGCGAGGCCAUCCUGGGCAAGGUCAAGUCGCAGAGUCCAGAAGGAAUCGUCGUAACGGUCGGCUUCUUUGACGACAUCCUGAUCCCUCCAAACUUGCUUCCCGACUACUCUGCCUUCGACCACGACCGACGAGCAUUCUUCUGGCUCCCCUCAGACGGCACCGAGCCGCACCGGCCAACAAUCAAAGACCUCCUCUCCUCUCCCGAAGACAGCAAGCUCUUCAUCGGUCGGAAAGACUGGAUCCGGAUUCGAGUCGAGGAGGAACACUGGGACGAUACGAGCCCGACGAGCGGGAAGAGUCAGCCGCCUGCUGCGGCUGGAGCACCGGGCGUGCAGGGAGAGCAGCAGCAGCCGAGUGUGAUGGAUACGGCGAGGACGAAUGGCAAGCCGCCUUAUUCGCUCAUUUGCUCGAUGGCAGAAGACGGAACUGGCGUCCUCGAUUGGUGGGACGAGGAGGCAGAAGAGUAG